AUGCCCGAAAUAAGCCGCUGGGAAACAGCUCUCGAAACCAAACUCCGUGGCAACCCCAACGACUACCAAGCCGCAAAGGACCUGUGGCUCAGCCGUCUCCUAGACGCCUUCUCCAUCUACGGAUUCAGCAUCAACACCGACGAACUCAUAAACAACCAACUGUUCGUCAUCGACAUCAUUAACGAACCCACGCAACAGAUUCGUGUCGUUUUCGCGCACCCAAACUACAUUGGCAAUGAACGCUCAAUCUCCCAAGCCAAAUUAUGGGGCUCCCUGAUCACCAGGAUGACGAGGUAUCUAUGUCAGUACACCGAAUCCUCUGCCAUCACCGAACUAUACGUCAAUAUUGUCCGCGGCGGACACCACAUCCCCUGGACCAUCUCCAUGGCCCUCUGGCUUAACAUCACCCAACGCUACCUCCUCCUCCAAAACGGAUGGGAACUCUUCCUAAACGGCCAGUACAAGCCAGACUCCAGCUUAUACACCACCAGCAUCGUAAAUCGGCAUACCCUCCAACCCCGUUUCGUCAUCGCCACGCUAGCAGAAUGUUUCUAUGGUAUGGAUGAGAGUGACGUCUCGUUUGGGGAUAUGUUGCGAGACGCGAAUGAGUACAUGCUCAUACAGCGGAGACGCUGGAUUCGGAUUAGAGGAGCUGAUGAUGAUGGUACAGCGGCAGCAGCAGCGGCGUGGAAGACAGUGUAUGUGCUUGUGACAUUGGGGACGUCUUGUAGGUUGUAUGUCCUGGAGCCAGAUUCGGAUGAGUUGGUUAGCUAUUUUGCGGAUUGUGGGCGUCUGCGGUUUUAUGAUGCAUUUGAUGAGUUUGGGAUUAUUGAUUCGCUUUUGACGAGAAUCGCGGAGGUUGUGGCUGAGUGA